AUGGGCGAGACAGAGGUGACCACGACAAGCGUAAACGUCACCAAGAAUGAGAGAAAUGGGCACCUCAAGGCAUUUGAUCUGGUGUUUGCUAAAACUUUUCUGCAGUCGCAGCUCAAGAGACUGGCAAAAGAUGAUGGAGUGAAAACAGUUAUCUCUGUCCCAAAAAAGGCUACAUCUUUGGAGGUUGAUUUGGAGAAGCAGUUGCAGGCAUGGAGAGAAAAUCCUUCAUGGGCUGAUCAACCACCAGAUAUAAAGGUCAGUGUACCAAAAGGUUCUCUUUGCAACCUCAGUGUGAGGGUCAAUGUUGGGUUGCCCCCAGAUGCAGUAUAUAACAUUGUAACUGACCCUGACAAUAAGAGGGUUUUCAAGAAUAUUAAGGCAAUGAUAUCCAGAAAAGUUUUGGUUGAUGAAGGUUCUAGGCAGGUGGUUGAACUUGAGCAAGCAGCUUUAUGGAGAUUCCUUUGGUGGUCAGGGACCAUUGCAGUUCAUGUUUUAGUAGAUCAAAACAGAGAAGACCAUUCAAUGAAGUUCAAGCAAGUCAAAACAGGGUUUAUGAAGAGAUUUGAAGGCUGCUGGAGAGUGGAACCUCUUUUUGUCGAUGAAAAGACCUGCUUUCCCUUCAAACCCAAGACAUGGACAGAUUAUCAUUCAUGCACUGGAGGCAAAGGGAGGAUUGGAUCAAAGGUCAGCUUGGAGCAACUGAUCCAGCCAGCUAUUGUUCCACCCCCUCCCAUUUCUUGGUAUCUAAGGGGUAUCACCAGCAAGACCACCGAGAUGCUGAUAAAUGAUCUGGUUGCUGAAGCUGCCAGAAUACGAGGAGAAUUAAACCCUGAGAAGUCUAAUAAAGAGCUUGAAAUGUCUCAGGAUCAGGAAAUACUUUGUCAGGUUGAUAAUGUAUCUAACAUCAAAGAAAGAUGGGCCCUGCGCAGGAGAAAUGCAAAGCAAUAUCAUCGGAGGCUACCGACUGCCAAAUGA